CAACGUAAACGAUAAAGUCGCAAAACGCGCAACAUUGCGCCUCUCGCUUGGCUCGUCUCGUGCGUGCAUUCCAUGUGAAUAUCUACUUUAACUAGCAGCUUAAGCACUUCGGAUAAGCCCCCUCCUUACUUUGGAUAUUAUAAAUUACACCUUCGGCUGUGGAUAUACGCCUCGAUUUUGGAUUAAUUAACUAAGAACAGCGCCAUGUCGACUUUUAACUAUCAAAUGAGCGCGCUUCUACUGGCCACCGCCGCAAUGGCCCUGCUGUGCGGCAAUGUGCUGGGGCAGGCGCAGCUGCUAGACGAGGAUGACGAUGCCUUUGGCAGGCCCUGGCCCACGUACAGUUUGCAGAAUAUGCCCAAGACGCAGUUCACCUGCCGUGACAAGAUACUUGGCGGCUACUACGCCGAUCCCGAGACUCAGUGUCAAAUGUUCCAUGUCUGUGUCAAGCUGCCUGGAGUGGGGCUCUCACAUCGAAGAGUUAAUUCGUUUGUCCAACAGGUGCAGGACUAUCGCUUCCUCUGCCCAAAUAGCACGGCCUUCGACCAGGAGCUGCAGAUCUGCGCCAACUGGGCGGAUGUCGAUUGCGACAAGUCGACGUCGCUAUAUCUGAACGAUUUGUAUCGGUCAGGCGAUGAGAGCAAGAGCGUUAAUCAGGAGGAUGAGCCCACCUUCCAUUUGCAGCGUGCCGAAAGUGGUGAUGUGCGUCGCUCCAAGGAGAAUCGCGGCGAUCAAAAGUCGCGCCCCAGACAUAAUUAUGCGGCGACUGCUUCCAGCUCGAGUGCGGACAGCACGCCGACAACCAAACGACCCAUCACCAGCUAUUACACGCCUACGACAACAACAACCACCACAACAACAACCACUGAGCGAAACUACUACAACAACAACAACAACAACUACAACGACGACUCGAAGCAAGACAUCGAUGAUAUCUUUAAGGGUUCCCACAGCUCGCACUUCUUUGCCAAUCGGCAUGGCGGGCGUGAGUUUGACGAGGAGCCGCCGCGUCCCAGGCCCAACGAUUUCAACGAUUACAAUCGCAAGACCACUGAGGCGGCUGGCAAGACGCGUGCCACGCCCACGCGCGGACAGCGCACCAGCCAAAGUGCCAGCGCAAGUCCAACCACCAGCACCACAGCUGCUCCAUCGACCAAAUCCGUGAAGAAGAUAACGCUGCAUGCUUCGUUUAGUACAGGCUUCCAGGACUAUACGCAGCACUAUAAGUCGACCACGCCCAGUACCUUGGCGCCCACAGCGGGCACCACUCCACGCCUAGGUAACGGCAUCACCAGCCGCUUCAGCUUCGGCUCGAAUGACUACCAGACCCAGGAGCGCAUUCAGCCAACCACAUAUAAUCCCAACAACGGGUUCCGCUACAAGAGCACGGAGCUGCCCUCCAGCUCGACCAAGCUGACGGGCAAGAAUGUCCAGGACUUUGACAAGGAGACCACCAGACGACAUAAGCCAACAGUGUCAGCACGCAAGCAGAAACUCGGUCCACAGGAGUCGAACUACAUCAAUCACAAUGAAUUCGCCGAACUGGCCAAGCCCCAGCCGUUCCAGGCCAGCCAGGGUGCAUCCCGGAAGCCCGCCCAGCUGGAGCCACAGUAUCAACGACCGCGUACACAGUCAACGGCACAGCAGUUGACGCGCGUGGGCAGCCAGGAGCCAUCGCCAUUUAAGUCCUCGCCAAGUGCCUCUGCUUCCAAUGCCAAGCCGCGCACCUUCACCAGCCGCGGCAGCAUCACCUACAAGGCAACCACACAGCGAUAUGCCGACGAUGAGUUCUAUUAUCCGACCACCACCAGCACAGCUAAUCCCAGCAAGAAGUUGUCCACGCACGCCAUAAGAGAUGCCUUUACGCCCACCACCUUUAAGCCAACAACGUACAAGAAGGCCUACGAGCCGAGCUACUAUCAGGUGCAACAAACGCUGCGUCCCAGCCAGAGUCCGAGCUCCAAGAAGACAACGGCUGUGACAGCUGCGCUGCCCACCACAGCCAAUCCGCACUACAAUGUGGACGAGGAUGACGGACAGUACCAUCCGGAGCUGUAUGAGAAUGACUUUCCACGCAAUCGCUUCAAGUUUCUGCGUAACAGAUCCACCAGCCCCACGACGUCCACGAGCACGACCAACGCGCCCGUAUCGAGCAGGCAGCCGCAUGGCUUUCAGCAGGCGCACAGCCAUCUGAGGAGCCAGCAGCAGUCCACCUAUCAGAAGGAGCAUGAGCAGGAGCAAUCGGAUCUAAGCGAUGAGGAUGAGCUCUUCAAGACGGCGCAAUCGCUCAACUUUGGCGCUGCCAGCAUCAACAAGCUACGCGCUGAUAUCUACAAGGCGGAGAAGACUUCGCAGCAGUAUAACUCGCAGUACAGUCCACAGUUGGCGCCAUCUAGUCCGAAGACGACCGCCCAGGCGACCAGCUCAACAACGACAGUGACAACAACAACAACAACCACAACAAGACGCCCCACAACAAGCACAACGAAAGCAACAACAACCACAAGCUCUCCAGUGGAGUCUAAGAAAUCAGCCAAGAGCAAAAAGGAGGAUAAGAAGAGCAAGUCCAAACGGCCGCCACAUGCCGAUGAGGAUACCAGCUAUGAUUACGCCUACUACGACACGGACUGAGCUCCAGGUCAGCAUCGGCAUGCGCCCAGCCCAGCCCAGCACAGCCCUCGAACUAUAUAACCCAUAUUUUGUAUGCCUUCAUCGUAAACUAACGCACUUUAAUCCCCUCCAGCAGCAACUAUAUAGGUGCCACAGUAUUUUAUAUAUAUAUAUAUAUGUACACAAAUCAAAAUAACUUCCCGAUUUCAGCUAUUGCUCGCAUUUUUUCAUCGUCUUCGGCUAUUGAUGGCCCCUGAAUACCCAUUAACACUCGCGUACAUUCAUUCAAUCAGAUGCGUUCGUUCUAAUGAAUUUCCAUGCGUGUAUCUAGUUAUUUAAAUAAAACAAACAUAUUUUUAGUCGUUAGACAAUUGUUAAACUGAA